AUGGCGUCGCAGGAGAACAUGACCCAAUCGAUUAGCGCUGACAAUUUUUGGGAUAUAAUAGACGAGAUUGCUCUGUAUGACCGUCAGAUUCGACUCUGGGGUGUGAAGGCGCAGGAAAAAUUACGAUCCGCGAAAAUACUCCUAAUCACUAUUAAGGCGCUGGCGAACGAGGUUGCCAAGAACCUGGUGUUGGCAGGCAUUGGUGGCCUGACCAUCCUGGACCACGAGACCGUCACGGAGGAGGAUUUGGGAGCGCAGUUCUUUUUGCGUGAAGAGCAUGUUGGGCAGAAUCGCGCACAAGCAGCCAGCGCUGAAAUCCGCGCCAUGAACCCCCGUGUCCAACUACGAGUCGACACAGAGAAUGUUCGUGCUAAACAACCAGACUACUUCUCCCAGUUCGACAUCGUCAUCGCAACAGAGCUCGACUUCUCCACCUACACCACGAUCAACGCCUCCUGCCGUCUCGCCAACCGUCCAUUCUACGCCGCUGGCCUUCACGGCUUCUACGGCUACGUCUUCUCAGAUUUAAUCUCGCACGACUUCGUUAUCGAACGCUCCAAAUCCAACAUCCCCUCGCAAACCCAAGAGACCCCAACACGAAGCGUACUAAAUAUCAACACGAAAGUUGAAAGCGACAAGGUCAUCGAGAUGGUCACCAAGCGAGAGGUCUACUCCCCCCUGAUCCUGGCAAAUACCUCCCCCCUCCCCGAGGAUUUCACCCGUCUCCCGCGUCGCAAAAGACAAGUGACACCGCUCCUCACCUGCCUCCGUGCGCUGUGGGAAUUUCAAAAACUCCCCGGAAACCACACACCCCUCCCCACACUCUCGUCCCGCCAGGACCUCGAGACUUUCACCAAACUCGCCCGCGAUAGGCAUCACGAGCUGAAACUCGAUAUCAGCAUGCUCGACUCAACCUUCCUGCGCACCUUCCUUGAAAAUCUAGGUAGUGAACUGAGCCCCGUCGCCGCAUUCGUAGGAGGUUCUCUCGCGCAGGACGUUAUCAAUGUCCUAAGUGCACGUGAACAACCACUGCAGAACCUUUUGCUGUUUGAUGGCGACAAGUCCGUCGCGCCGGUUUAUCCGUUGCACCCGUUUUUCCCACCGGAAGUUGAGAAUGCCAUGCCGGCUGUCACGCCUGCGGCUGUUAAUGCGAUUCCUGUUCAUCCUGGGCCGGCUGCUGUGAAUGAUAAUAACAACGCUGUUACUGAUCUUACGUAG